AUGACUACCACACCACCUCCUGCACUAGAUCUUAACAACAUUCAGGGUGACGUUUUGAGUGGCCUCCCUAAAAAGACACAAUAUUACAUCUUUUUCGCCAUUCUUGAUGUCGCGAAGUUCAAAGCUGACUUGAAGAAGUUCAUCCCACUCAUCAAGACAGUCGCGCAGGUCCUGAAAGACCGCGAUGCGAUAGCCGACCACAAGAAGAAAAAGUUGCCUGGUCUUGUGCCCAUGGAUGGCGUAAACAUCUCAUUUUCGCAUACAGGGUUCGUCAAGCUCGGAGUCGAUGACAGCACUCUUGCCCAAGGCGGCCCAACGGACCCCUUCUCACUUGGACAGAAGAAAGAUGCCGUUACCAACCUCGGAGACCCCAACAAGCUCGACGGCAACCCUGACUGGGACGAUGACUUCUUGCGUGACCUCCACGGGCUCAUCCUAAUUUCUGGAGAGAGCCACACAUCCAUCGACAAGAAGAAGCAUGAAAUUGACGUGCUGUUCAGAGUAGGUACCAGCACAGCGUCCAUUGAAGAAAUCACCACUAUCAGAGGCGACGUACGACCAGGCGACGAAGACGGCCAUGAGCAUUUCGGUUUCCAAGACGGCAUAUCCAACCCCGUUGUGGACGGCUUCGACACGGUCAUCAACCCAGGUCCCAAAGUUGUUCAGCCCGGUGUGAUCCUCACAGGACACCCAGGCGAUCCCGCGUCCAACCCGCGCGCUGACUGGGCGACGGACGGUAGCUUCCUUGCCUUCCGCUACCUCUUCCAGAGCGUACCCGAGUUCAACCAAUUCUUGAAGAAGAAUCCCGUCAAAAAGGACGGAAAUGGGAACGCGUUAACGCCAGAACAAGGAAGCGAGUUGCUGGGAGCGAGGAUGGUGGGCAGAUGGAAGAGCGGUGCUCCAAUUGACCUUGCUCCUUUCAAAGAUGACCCUGCCCUUGGAGCUGAUCCUACCAGGAACAACAAUUUCUUCUUCCAAGGAGAGAUCAACUCCCAGCUCCGCUGUCCAUUCGCUGCUCACGUCCGAAAGACGAAUCCACGAAACGACCUAGAAGUCCCGCCAGCACCUCGUCCACCUAUUCCCAUCGAAGGCAGGCGCAUCAUGCGACGAGGAAUCCAAUUUGGCCCAGAAGUAUCGCAGGAUGAGCAGAAGCUGUCCAAGACGCUGCAUGGACGCGGGUUACUCUUCGUAUGCUACCAAAGCAGUUUGACAAAUGGCUUCCAGUUCCUCCAACAAUCCUGGGCCAACGCACCGAAAUUCCCGCCGUUUGAGACCCAACCAGAAGAUCCAGGUUUGGACCCACUCAUCGGCCAAGGAGCUCGUGCGAUGUCCGGACUCGACCCUCUGGCAGAACAGACUGUGCUCCCAAUGCCUACAUUCAUCACGGCGCGUGGAGGCGAAUACUUCUUCUCGCCGUCCAUCAAAGGCUUGAAGAACACCAUUGCUGUCUGA